UCAUGACUGGUCAUCUUCAUUGCUCUGCUGUCAUAUUAUAAUUCAGGGCUUCGCAGAUCUCUGCUGCAGAAUUAUUUGAGAACCCUAGCUGGGCAGUUGUGUUCUUUCGGAAACUAUGCUUUCUUUCCUGGAGUUUUUGGGAAGCUUGAGCAUCUUCUGUGCUGUAUUAGCCCAGGCGUCUGGAAUGGAAAGAAUCUUCUAUAUUGCGAUUCGAGAGGAAGAGUGGGAUUAUGCACCAAGUGGACAGAAUCUGAUCAAUGGGAAGCGUAUUGAAGAGGAUGAGCAGGCAUCAGUAUUUCUGCAACGUGGGGCUCGGCGGAUUGGCAGUGUGUAUAAAAAGGCAAUUUACAGGCAGUACACAGAUUCUUCUUACUCUCAGGAGGUCCCCAAACCCCCCUGGCUGGGUUACCUGGGGCCCAUCAUGAGGGCUGAGGAGCAGGAUGUUAUCAUAGUGCACAUGAAGAACUUUGGCUCCAGACGUUACUCCAUGCAUCCACAUGGCGUCUUCUAUGCCAAAGACUCAGAAGGUGCGUUGUAUCCAGACGGAACCUCAGACAGUCUGAAGCAAGAUGACGGUGUUCCUCCAGGGGGAAACUACACCUACACCUGGAUUGUGAAAGCAGAAUCUGCCCCUCAGAAGGAUGACCCAAACUGCCUGACAUGGGCCUACCAUUCACACGUCAGUGCUUCACAGGACAUCUCCUCUGGCCUUAUUGGAGCUCUUCUCACCUGCAAGAAAGGAACCCUGUGUGAGACGUCCACUUCCGAUCAGCACCACGCUCAUCGUGAGGAUGUGGACCAGGAUCUCAUCCUCAUGUUCAGUGUGGUGGAUGAGAACAUCAGCUGGUAUCUAAAAGAGAACAUCCAGAGCUUCUGCUCCGACCCAGAUGGUGUGGAUCCUGCAAGUGAAGACUUCCAAGAAUCCAAUUUGAUGCACGCCAUUAAUGGAUAUGUGUAUGGAAACCUACCGGGGAUUGAGUUUUGUCAAAACCGCACAGUUGCUCUGCAUCUCUUUGGCAUGGGCAAUGAGAUCGACAUUCACUCAGUUUAUUUCCACGGGCACACACUUCUGGACCGCGGGCACCGUGUGGAUGUCAUGAGUCUGUUUUCUGCCACUUUUGCCACUGCAAACAUGAUUCCUGCCACAAUAGGGACGUGGCUGUUAAACUGCCAGGUCAAUGAUCAUCUGCAAGAUACCUUUUGCUUAUUGUCUUCAAUAGCUGGUAUGCAGGCACUGUUCAAUGUGUCGUCCUGCAGUGAUGAGGCGAGCUCCACGGCUCCUCUCAGUGGGAAGAUCAGGAAGUAUUUCAUUGCUGCUGAGAAGGUUCAGUGGGAUUACGGACCAUCAGGGAUGAACCAAGUGACCAAGGAGUCUCUAAUCGAUCCUGGAAGCUUUUCAGAGGUUUUCUUUGGGACCAAUAAUAGCCGAAUUGGUGGAAAGUACUGGAAGGUGAUAUACAGAGAAUAUACAGAUAAGACUUUCACCUUAAAGAGAAAGCAAACCAGUGCUCAGACUCAUCUAGGCAUUCUGGGUCCAGUACUGAGGGCAGAGGUUGGAGAUACACUUCAGGUGAUGUUCAUGAAUAAAGCUGACAGAAACUACAGUAUCCAGCCUCAUGGACUCCAGUACGACAAACCCUUCGAGGGAGUAUUUUAUCAAGAUGGUAUAAAGAGAAAAGGAUAUGAAGUUCAGCCAGGUGAAACGUUCACCUACAUGUGGAAGUUGAGGGAAGGACCGUCUGAAAGUGACCCCCCCUGUAUUUCCUACCUGUACUUUUCCUCCAGUGAUGCAGUCAGAGACACUAACUCUGGCCUCGCAGGCCCCCUGCUGGUGUGUAAGAAAGAUGCGCUGACAUCAAGUGGCACUCAGAAAGAGGUGGAUCAUGAGUUUUUCCUGCUUUUUACUGUGUUCAAUGAAAACCUCAGCUGGUACUUGGAUCAGAACAUUGAAACCUUUGGCACCAAUGAGUCAGACCCAGAAAAUCUGGACUUUCAGGAGAGCAAUAAAAUGCAUGCUGUGAAUGGCUUCAUGUAUGGGAACCUACCUGGCCUUGAGAUGAAUAAGGGGUCCAGGGUCAGAUGGCAUCUUUUAGGACUUGGCACAGAGAUGGACAUUCAUGGCAUUUACUUCCAAGGCAACACCUUCGAGAAACAGGGCACAACACAUGACACUCUGAGCCUGUUUCCACACACUGCAGUCACUGUUUUCAUGCAACCAGAUGUCAGUGGUGUAUUUGAGCUGAGCUGUCUAGUGUGGGAUCACUAUGAUAGUGGGAUGAGACAACUGUAUGAAGUGACAGGACCAAGAUAUGAAGAGCCCUCAGUCUCACCAUCUGAGACAGUGGAGUAUUUCAUCAGUGCUGAAGAGCUGGAGUGGGACUAUUCGCCUGAUCGCACAUGGGAACUGCAGAACUUCAACACAACGGAGGAUGAAAGGCAGGUCUGUGCUAUAGCGUUUGUUGGUAUUGCAGUGUUUGAAUGGCUUCUGAAACCACAUUUUUGUCUCAGUCCUGGCAGUCUAUUUGUAGGAACAGGAGGAAACAAACUGGGCUCCAAGUAUAAGAAAGUAGUUUAUCGAGAAUACACCGACGCCACCUUCAGGACAAGAAUAGAAAGAGAACCUCAUGAGACACACUUGGAGAUUUUAGGGCCUAUGAUCAGAGCUGAAGUUGGCCAGGUUUUGUUGAUCACGUUCAUGAAUAAAGCUAGUCAUGCUUACUCGAUACAAGCACAUGGAGUCAGAUCUUUUACUUCAAAACCUGAGGCCGUCAUGCCAGGUAAUAUGACUCAGUACCAGUGGAUCAUUCCGGAGAAAUCCGGUCCAGGCGUGUCUGAUCCAAACUGCAUUGCUUUUGCCUACUGCUCAGCUGUGGACUUUGUUAAGGAUACAGCCAGUGGUCUGAUUGGGCCAUUAAUGAUCUGCAGGAAGGGAACACUGAACCAGGAUAGACAGAGAACUGAUGUGGACAGAGAAUUUGCUCUCCUUUUCAUGGUGUUUGACGAGAACAAAUCCUGGUACCUGGAAGAAAACAUUGAAUCCUACUACAACAGCUCAGAACCUCUUCUAAGAGAUGACGAGUUUCAGAAAAGCAACAAGAUGUAUGGGAUAAAUGGAAAAGUCUAUGCAAAUCUUCGGGGACUGGAAAUGGUGGUAGGGGAAAGAGUGGUCUGGUACUUGUUUGGGAUGGGUAAUGAAGCAGAUAUUCACACCGUCCAUUUUCACGCUGAGACCUUCACCUACAAGACAGAUCAUACUCACCGUACUGAUGUGUAUGACCUGAUUCCGGGGUCAUUUCAGACAUUAGAGAUGGUGGCAGAGGUCAAUGGAACAUGGCUUCUGCACUGUCAUGUCUCACACCACAUCCUUGGUGGAAUGGACACCACUUUUAUCAUCAAACCUCGAUCAGGUGGUGACUCUGUGAGGAGAGAUUUAAACAUCAUUUGUGUGCUGAUCACAACAUUCAUGUUCAAACUCAUAUAUUGAUCCUUCUGUAGACAUAUAUUGUACUUAAAUACUCUUAACAAAUAUAUUUAAGCAGUGUUCAAAAGUUUAGGGCCAGUAGGAUUGUCUCCCCUCUUAUGAUCACCAAGGUUUAUGAAAAAUACAGUAAAACCUGUAUUGUGGAAUAUGAUUAAUUUCAAUUUAAAAGUUUUUUGUUUGUUUGUUUUGUUUUUAGUGUCAGUUCUGCUUAAUAUUUUUGUGGAAACCAUUUUUCGCCAGGAUUGUUUAAUGAAGUAAAAAAAAAGCAAUUGUUUGAAUUAGUUUAUGUAACAUUGCAAUUUUUUGUGUUUAUUCAUUAAAUUUCUUUCAGUUUAGCUCAGGGGUCACCACAGCAGAAUGAACCACUAACUACUCUGGCACAUGUUUUGUGCAGCGAAUAUGCUUUUUGUUGUAAAUUUUAAUCAAUUUAACUCAUACUGAAUAAAAAUAUUUUCCAAAAUCCCACUGCCCCUAAAACUUUAAACAUUAUUGUAAAAUUAGUAUUUGUGCUGAAAUUACAAUUUAAGUAUCUGUUUAGACUCACAGUGCUUGUAGAUUUGAGAUGAUUUGCUAUUCAUUUAUAUAUCAAAAUAAAACAAUUAUCAGCAUUGAAAUGUGAAACUCACUGUAAUACCCAGUGAGAGAAAUUCCCUUAAAUCCCACCUGAGCAAAGAUAUGUUAAUAAGCAUUUGCUUUCAAUUUCAUUUGAAGUCCUUUAAAUAAAGAUUGCCUCGAUAGUUAUGAAUGUAAAAUGGUAAAGUCAUGAAUUUCUCAAGGCUGUUUGAAAAAAGGAACUGAAAUCGCAGAGGACGUGUUAAAGUGAAAAACAAGUGUGAGCUGAUUGGAGCUUAUGUAACUUGGUGAGCAGUUGUUUUUGUUCCUCUUGGGUCGUUUGAUGUGCUCUUUUUCAGCUUAGAGCUUGGAGUUCUCAAAUGACUGUACUUCAUCACGUAGACUUCAAGUAAUCGGAGGAUUAUGAUGUAAAGAAAUGAACUUUGUCAGUAAACAUUUGACUUUACGUCCUCAAGU